UUAAGGAUACUAGUCAAGUGCAAAAGUUAGCAAACAACUCCUAUCCUGAAUUCACCUUUAAAGUUAUUAACCAGUUUAAAGGAGGUAAGGGUAAAACAGAUUCAGGGAAACGAUUAUCUUAUCAAGAGAGCUUUUCAACCAGCGGAAAUUAUGAACAUAUUCUUGAAAUUGAACCAGUGAACCUCGGAAUAGAAAAUUUUCCGCCCAUUACUCGCUUGGUUUUUGAUAUUGAUAAUUUAGAUUGGGACAGUUUUCAAGAAAAAUCCACUGAUAAUAAUUUGCCAACUAUCUCUCCACCUUCUCCACAAAACGAUGUUCUCCACCAAAAAAUGAUAAUAGGAAUAAUAAUGAUUGUUGCCAUUUUGUCUUUAAUUAUUG